AUGGACUCUGUAGGAAAAAGGAUGUGUCAGAGUCAGAAAAUGACGGUAAAGUUUGUGGAGAAAUCAUCUGAAAUGAAAAAAGCAAAGGAUUAUUCAAGGGAAUACAGAGAAAGGCUUAAGUCCAAUCCUGAACUCUACAAAUUACACAGAGCAGCAGAAACAUUACGAAUUAAAUUAUACAGAGAAAAACAUCAAAGUGAAGAAGCAAAACAAAGAAAUAAAGAGCUUCAAAGGAUCCGCCAGAAGAGAAGAACCCGUAAAACUUGUGAAGAACAGCGCAAAAAGUGGAGGGAACAAAAAAGAAUACAAAGAGCGCACAUGAGCCGUCAAAAGAAAACAGCCAUAAAUGCUAAACGAAGAAAAGCUUAUAAAGAACAGAAGUGUGGGACAUCAUCAGUAUCCCCUACAUCAGUGUCAGCAAUGGAGUCUGAGAUACAGUCAGGAGAAAAAUCCAGCACAUUUAGGGUGGCCAAAUCUAGGCAGAAACAGAAGAUUACAUCAUGCCUUAGUUCAAUGCCGGACAAUCCAAUGCUAAAAGCAGCAGUUAUAGAAGCAGCAAUCAAUCAGCAAUCUCCACGAACAAAAACUUCAAUAAACCAAAGACUUGGUGUGGCCAGCCCAAACUCAAAGGUCAAAAGAAAACUUGCGAUGGAGGUUUCAGAUUCAUUUAGAGAAGCACUAAGUAGGUUGAAAAGUAAAAGAAAGAAGAGAGAUAUAAGAGAAAAACGUCUAAUCGCCAUGGCUUUAAAAACUAAAGGAAAGGCUAUUCUGACAUCACUUGGGAUAUCGAAAAAAACUCCAGAAGCGAAUACAAGAGGAGCUGUCAAAGUGAAUGGACAUGUGCAGGGGUGCAAAAUAAUGGAAAAUUCUUUGCGCGCAAGUUAUGAUAAGUAUGCAAAAGAAGUAGACCAUCCAGUGAGCUAUGGAACCUUUGUGCGUCAAAAGCCCAAGAAUGUGCUUCCUUUUACAAAUCACAGGUUUAGAGAAUGCUUGUGUGAAUACUGUCUCAAUAUAGACUUGAUAUUGAAGUCAAUCAACUCACUGUGUGCAUCUGUUGGUAAAGAUUGCCAAAUAGCAGAUAAAUAUGCUGCUUCCCAGUUAACACUCUGUCCAAAGGCAGAUGGAGAGUACAAAAAGGCAUGUCUGGAUCGUUAUUAUGAAACUUGCGGGAUACAGAGAGUUUCUGAACAUCUUCAACCCAUUCUUACAGCUCCUCACAUAUACUCUUCCGUGAAGUGGUGGCAGUGGGAGAAAGGGGAAAAUCGUAAACUUACAAAAGUGAAGAAGGAAGGUCUUGUUGAGGACUUGGUUGAAAUAUUCAAAGUUAAGAUAGAAACAUUUUCAAAGCACCUCUUUAAUGCCAGGUGGCAAUAUCAUCAGUACAAAGUAGUAUCAGGAAAUCCUCCUCCUGGCACUGCUGUUUUCUGCAUGGAUUAUGCAGAAAAUUUCACCUGCAGAGCACAAGAUGCACCUCAAGGGUUUCACUGGAACAAUACACAGGUUACAAUCCACUCUAUUGUGGCAUCAUACAAAUGCCGUAAGUGUACCGAGAACCCCAAGACUGUGACAGACUCAAUGGUAUUUAUUAGUGAUGACCUCACACAUGACCACCAUGGUGUGCAGCAUUUUGUCAAAAUUGGAAUAAAAAAGCUACUGGAGGAAAGUGAGGGUAAUAUAACGCAUGUUUUUCAGUUUUCUGAUGGAGCCCCAACCCAAUACAAGAACAAAAUAAAUUUUGCUAACUGUUCCUUUUCAGAAGAGGACUUUGGUGUGAAGAUAGAAAAACAUUUUUUCGGCAGUAGGCAUGGGAAGGGACCAUGUGACCGUGAAAUUGGUGUACUGAAGAAGUGUGCGAAAAAUGCAGUUGCUGCAGGAUGUCAGGAUAUACUUGAACCCAUGCAAUUCUUUCAAUACUGUACAGAAAAUUUGAGUCUGCCAAAAGGGGGAGUUGACGAAGACCAUACACAUACAAAAAGACAGUUUUUCUAUGUGAAAAAGACUGAUGUUAAUAGAAACUUGCCAGAAAGAACAAAUGUGAAACAACUGAAGGACACUAGAAAUUACCACUGUAUCAGAUCAGUACAGCCAUUUGUUAUCUCAGUGAGGGAGAGGAGUUGUUUCUGUGGGGGUUGCUUAGGUGAGGGCCCUUGUUUAAAUGAAGACAUCACUGGUCCAUGGACUGUUGUAAAUCUAAAAAAAAAAGGGAAUCGACAGCACCAUGAAGGUAUACACGAAGAGGGUAGACGUGGUAGAGGUCGUGGAGUUGGACAGGGUGAGGGGAGACGUGGUCGAGGUUGUGGAGUUCAAUAG